AUGCAUCAGCAUCCCCGGUCUCCUGCGAUGCCUUCGGCGGCAACCAGGCUUCCCUCUAAUCCGUCCGCUGCUCGGGACGAUCCAAGAGAGCACGACUCCGUCCCGCCCUCGCCUUCCACCGACAUAAGGACAAAUCCCGCACGAGGUUUAGGCAUCGACGCUGGAGCAGAAGCUGCUGAGCAGACUAGGGAGGCUGCACAAAGGAAAGAGGCCAUAACCAAGUUGAACCAGAUCAUAUCGAACUAUCACACGAAAGCGGCUUUGAUCAUUUUGCAUUCACGUGUUGAGCUGCCGGCGAGCUUCAACAAGGGCUCGGAUAGCCCGAGAAUCAAUCGUUGGUUCAACGUCGAAUUAGAAGAUACGGAUGCGAUCCGGGAUCAGCUUUUGAUCUGGAGGGCAUGUAACGCCACAGAAAAGCGACCGCCACCCCUCAUUAUCGAAACCUUCUUAGACGGUAAGGGCCUGACGAAUAACCAGAGCUUGGUGAUUUUGGACGACAAUGGCAAGCGAUGGGAUGUUCUAGAGUCGCUCGCGGCUUCGAGGGGCGUCUCUGUGUCCCAGCCACGCCAGUCGGGUUCUGAUGAUAUCAUUUUGGAGCGAUGGAGAAUCGAGUUGGGCGAGUCAUCCAGCGGGUUGCCGGCCGACUUGAGCUCCAUCUUGCCGACUGUGUAUAAGAAAAGCAUCGUCCUUUUCCGCUCCUUAUUCACGUAUUCCAAGUUCUUGCCUGCGUGGAAGUUCUCCAAGCGCAACACGAAUUUGCGCCGGAGUCCUGCCUUGCAGCUCAGGUACCGUGUGAUAGAUGGGAGCACCAUGCGCCGUGAUGCUUCGCGGGAUCACUUGACGACUCCGUUGUAUGAGGGGAAUGAGAAGGUGGUGGAUACGUACAGCUUCGGCGUUACUGAAUCUCCUGCUGGGCCAUUCUCGGUAUCGGUCACAUAUCGAACGAAUUGCGACUUCCGUGUGGACGACUCAGAAGCGUUGUUGAGCUCGCGUUUCAUGGGCGCCGACGACGCUAUCUUCCGUCCCUCACUGCCGUCGGAGGAAGUUAGUCGUCCGGGGCCUGAAGUUGGGUCGGUGCCUGUGGGAAGAAGGACGGUUGAGAAUCCAGAUUGUUCGCGUGCAUACGGAAGUCUAUCAACCUUCCACCAGGUUGGGCCAGCUACUGGUGCCAGUCCUAUCUCUGCGUUGCGAGCUGCGCGUGAUGCAAGUGUCGGGUCAUCAUCUCCAUCAGAUUCACCUAAGAAGUUGAUGCCCGCUGCGAAAAUUGCUCCCAUAGGACGUACUGCUCAACUUGCAGGUGAAAUUGGUUCCAAUUUCGCUCGUCGUUCCUCUGUCUCAUUUCAAGCCUUCAAAGCACCCCCUCUCUCUGCUUCACCUGCUCUCGUCGACACACCCCUAGGCGCAUCUCCUCGUACCACGUCUGCCCGUCUAUCUACAGGAACAUCUGCCGACUCGAAGUUUAUGCCUCCUCCUUCAGUUGCGGCUGCUGCUCGUCGACCUGCUGUUCUUGCAUCCGAACACGCCAUACCUUCCUCAACUUCCGCAUCACCCAAACCUGCUCCUCUAUCACGCUAUAGUAGUUCUUUCAGCCACCGACGAGGACGGCCGUCUUCAGGAGGUACCGCCAGGAUGGAAGACGACAACUCGAGUGGGAAAGCCAGUGCCGCAUCAUCCAACGCCCAACCUGGCUCUGGCCUUCUUGCAGAAGCCACUGGUACAAGCGCAGAGUCGAUGCACGCAGACGAUGAAAAUAUCUCCGAUUUCUUGAAGAUGCUCGACACUAGCAAGGACUUGAUGAAUCGUUCCACUGGCACUCCCUCUCUUGAGCAAAGUGCUCGCAACGCCACUGCUCCUGGAGCUGCCUUGGCUCGCUUCCGAGGCAUGCGUGAGUCCCAUGCUGCUCUCUCGGACUCUAUGACAUCCUCUAUGCAUAUACACCGCUCUUCUACCCCCUCCAGCAAGCAGCUGUCGGGUGUCCCACCUAUGGUUGCUGGCACCUCUAUCUCUACGGCCUCUUCACCUGGAAAGCCAAUUUCACCGCACACGCCGCAUACGCCAGCCAUCCGUUCCCGCCUGAGCUCCAACAGCGUUGCUGAUGAUAUCGUCACGGAACGUGAACGCCGCCGGCAUGCGAACAUCGGGCACGAUUCGACGCUCGAUGAGCAUCCCAGCCUCGAAACCACCCAGCACGCUUCUGCUGUUGCUGCCAUCGACAUACCAACUUCUCCGCGGGUCUUCGAUCCCAGUUACCGCCGCUCAAGCUCUGCCGCCCAGCACAGGCGGCAGACGGUUAGCGAUGACGACGAGAUUUUCCCCUUUGGUAUGCGCAGUAUGAGCGUGGGGCCACCGCUUCCUCUGCCCAUCGAGACGCAGCAGGAGACUGGGUUUGCCCCCGAAAACCAGUCUGGGCAACAGUCACCCUCCGUGGAUGCUCCUACUACCGCCACAAGCAGCACCGGUCCCUACCGCGAUGCUACCUCGACUCGAGGAGCUGGCCCGGUAGCAACGUCUACGUCGUUUACUGCGAACGUCUACCAGCCCCGAUUCGCUAGCUCGCGCGGCCGCGGUUUCUCAGGCGGCCCUCAAUCCCUCAGUUCUGCGUCCAGCAGUCUCGCCCGGGGUGCCACGAUCCCGCCCCAUCUCGUGGAGCGCGAUGCUGACCGCGACGGCAAUGCUAGCGGCAACGCCAGUGGCAGCAACAGCGGAAACUCCACUCUGGAGAUUCGGCGCGGAUCGGGCCACCGGCUCAGCACCAGUCGCGCCCCGCCGUCUCAGGUGGAAGAUGACGAGCCCCUGCUGUUCGCCAUGAGUGAUUUCGGUGCAUCCCGGCGGAGCUUGGAGGAGAACAGAGGCAACCACGGUGGCAGUGACUCUGCUGGUGCUUCACGACGUGGCAGCAGUCGCCGCGGAGCUGGGCUCCCUGGCUUCCACGCCUGGUCUUGA